CCUGACUGUGCGAAGAAGAAUUUGUGCAAUGGGGCUGGACGAUGCUUGGCUGACAGCUGUGAGCCUGACGGAUUCAAAUGUGAAUGUUCUGAUAUUUAUUAUGGAAAAUAUUGUCAAUAUGAAAAAUUUUGUAAGUACUAUAACUUUAUUCUUGUUUAUUUCCUCCAUUAUUUUCUCACUCUGAUAACUGCAGGUUGACCACAAUCUGCUGCACGAUAGUGUUUAGUGAAACCUAGCAAUACGAUCAAUUUUCCACUAUUUUAGAUGACUACGACAUCAACUUCCCAAACACCACAGCUAACAACUUCAUAGAGCUGGGAAAAAUAGAUAUGGAUUUCAAUGAGUUCACGUUCACCGCAUGGAUUAAGUUUAAUCCAGGAUUUCUUAAAUACCCUCUGGUCUCAUACAUCGCUAAAAACUCGACAGAAAUGUUCGCGCUUGCGUUUCGCUCAGAUGAUACAAGCUGGAAUACAAGCGGGACGACAAUCGCCUCAUUUUCUGGAAAUUUGUUUGGUCCAGAUGUUGAGUAAGUUUUUCUAAAAAAAAAUUAUAAACCGGGGAGGGGAUGAUGAAGAUCAUGCCUCUGGAGUUGGAUUACAAAUGACGGUUAAAACUCGGUUUUACUCGUUCGAAACUGUAUUACAUUCAUACGAAAGUAAAUACAAGACAAUAUUUCCAUACAAUCAUUUAUUUCAAACAUUGGCCGUCUUCCUGACGUCGCCGUCUUACAUGUGUAAACUCCUUAAUGUUUGAUUGCAGAACACAGCGAAGAUUGAAAGAUUAGUUCUUGGCGAGGGGUAACCUAGGUGAGGGGGGAAUCUGAAGGACCCUGAGAACUCUUCAAGUACAGAAGAGAACCAAGACAGGGUUCUCAGGCACAUCAAGUCAGACCAGCAGUCAAGUUGCGCACCUGCUAGCAAGCUCGACUCAGGAAAACGAUUCUAAUAUUACUUUUCCAACUGGUUUUUACAGUACACAUACCAUACCUAUAAACGAUGGUUACUGGCACCAUGUGGGGUUCGCAUGGUCUGAUGUUACUGGAGAGUGGAUUUUACUUAUUGAUGGUGUUCUUUGGGCGACCAAAGUUUCCACAAAAGGGAAAAUAUCAUCAGGUGGUGUGCUCACCAUCGGGAAAAUCCUUGACAAUGGAGUAGUUUACCAUUUAGUUGGAAAUGUAAGUCGUGUGAAUCUAUGGAGCACAGCGAAGACGGGUGGUGAGAUUGAAGAGAUAGCUAAAAGACCUGGGUCAAGAGAUGGUGAUUUGAUCACUUGGUUUAUGGUGAAGGAUUUAAUAUCUGAUCUAAGAAUUAUUCGUCCAUCUACGGCAGCUUUUUCAGGUUGGUUUUAAUGAAAAUAAUUCGCGAGGUCUGUCCUUACUAGUCCAUUAUUACUACAGAAUGAAAACCAGAAUGUAGAAGAACUCGAGGCCAAGUUAUAUUGUAACAACUACAGCAGGAUCUGAAUCCUAACAAAAAGGUGAAAGUCACAUUCUCUAACAGGGCCUUUUUUAACAUACAAGUGCCCUUUUUUAACAUACAAGGCAAAUGCUCCCUCAGUCCCCCCUUGUGCCCCCCCCCCUCGAAAUCACAUUUUGCCCCCCAAGGUUUCCUAAAUUUAUACCAACAAAACAGCGAAGAAUAACAAAUAAAUAAACGGAAAGUAAGUUUUAUGCUUUAUCGUUUGUCCUUGUUUAACAAAAUCAAUUUAAAUUGUUAAGUUUUUCUACCACUAAGUAAUAAUAAAUUAUUGUUAAUAAUUUUUUAUUUUUUGGAUGCUCAGAAUGCGGGAAAGAGCAUUUCCAGGUUUCAAGUUUGAAAAAUUUUCUGGAGAUUAUGCCCCCAUACAUGUGGCCUUCGGUCAUUGGUAUCCCUCUCUAAUAAGUAUAAUGAUAAAUCUAGUACAGUUAAUAUUCUUUUUUACUUUUUGUGCAUUUUUCCCUUCUUUUAUUUCAAAUACAAGUAUAGUUAGCAUAAAUUUUAGAGCAAAUUUGGAUGCUCAGAAUGCAGGAAAUGGCAUUUUCGUGCUUCAAAUUUCAAAAAUUUUCGGGGGGAGCACACCCCCAGACCCCCCAUUCAUGCGUGCAUGGUCUGUUGGUCACACACGUGGUCCUCAGCUAUUGCUAUCUCCCUGUAAUAUGUCAUCUUACAGAAAGGUCCCUUUUCAAAAAAUGCUCCCCCCCCCAUGGGAAAAUCCUUAAAAAAGGCCCUGUUCUCUAAAUACUGCAACACUAAUACAAUCUUCAACAUUUAAAUCAAUUUAGGUAAUGGAACGAACUACGAUAUCAUUCUACCACUCGAGAAUGUGAAUUAUCCAGGACCAUACAAAACCACGAGCUUUUUAUCAAGCUGUUUUUGGUGCAGGAGCUGCGUUGGAAAUACAUUGUUUGUCUAUGAUACCCUGAACACAUUUGUAUUUAGCACCGGUUCAAAAUUCAUGGCUUCCACAAUUAAUGGUUUUUCUAGCACAAGGUGUGUGGAAUUAUUUGCAAAGGAUCUUAGGUGAGCCCCUGGCUCGGCUGACUUGAGCAACCAGACCCCUAUUAUUAUAUAUUAUUAAUAUUUUUGUCUCCCAGGACUGUUGUAACUGGUUUCGGACGAUGGCAUUUUUUUUGUAUACAAUGGAACGGAAUUGCGGGAACAGUCACUUAUUUUUAUGACGGCUACGCAGUUGAUAGCAAGAUACAAAAUGAGACUUUGGAAACACAACUACUUCCAGGAAAGAAUUUUAGCAUUGGUUUGGGCGAUGCAACAGGAAAGCUGACACAGCUAAAUAUUUGGGAUUAUGAAAUAGCAGCGGGUAAUGUUAUAGCUAUGUCAUCUGGAGGAUUCAAUGUACAUGGAAGUGUGAUGUCUUGGCGAAGCUUGGCGAAGUAUGUCCCCAAUGGAAGCAUGAACUGGAAUAGUGAAAUCCAUCUGCCAGGUAAGAGGAUCUUAAUAAGUUCGUUGGACCUCCGCUUAUUGUCAGCUAAAUAAAAUUCCAAUCAGUUAACAGGAGCCACGCUGCGCCCCAGCUCUGGGCAAAAUGGAAUACGUUGUAGCCAAAACUUUGUAGCAAAAGCAUUUGCUCGAAAGUGCCCACACUAGUAGCCGGCCUGAAUUUUUAUCCUUAAGAAGGAGUGUUUCCCAACAAAGAAACUCUUUUUGUUCCCCAAGUGAGAUUUUUGUUGCAGAAACAACAUUUUGCCGUUUGCUCCGCUUUACGAAUCAUGGCUGGGAAACAAUAUUCACUUGUUUAUCCAUCUUUUGGAAAUUAACAUGGCUGGUAAUAACAGUGUUUCUUGUUUAUCUAUCUUCGGGAAACAUGGCUGGGACUAACAAUGUUUAUUGGUUUGCCUAACGCUUUAGACUUUCCCUGAUUAAGCCACUAGAAUGGAGUGUGACAAAGUUCGGAACAUUCUUACGGCCUUAUGAUGAUGAUGAUGAUGAUGAUGAUAACUUUAUUAGAAUGUCGAUCUUAUAGCCGAGCCCAAGUACGCCUAUAGCACUAGUACGCGUAGCGCAUGCCUUGAGCCAAGCAUUAUCCAGAUUACAUUGUUCUUUUAUGCAGGGUUUACUGUUCUGGCGAAGAGAACAAAAUGGUGCAACGACAAAAUUCCCGAUUCUCCAUGUUCAGGGCGACUUCUAGCAAGACUGGGAGGCCAUAAAACUCGAGAAAGAUUGGAGUGGCGUUGUUAUUGUCCAGAAGCACUCCUCGGCGGGAAAUACACUUACAACUUUUCUGAAAUUUCGCGCCUUCACAGCAAACAUAGCCAGCUUACUGCUAUCAACUGA